UUUUUUUUUUAUUUUAUUUUUUAUUUUUUAUUCUCAUCUUUUUUUUUAUUAUUAUUUACCCAUUAAUAAAAUGCAUAUUGAAAUUGCACAAGCAGUAGAGUUUUUGGGCAGACUGUUACAAAGUAAAGUAGAUUUAAAUGUUAUUUCAACAUUUAAAGAAAGACUUGGAGAAUUGUUAAAGCAACGGUUCACAGACCAUUGGGAUUCACAACAACCUUAUCGAGGCAAUGGUUAUAGGGCGAUUUCUAAUUUCAAUGGAGAAUUAGAUCCGGUUAUAUUAACAGGUAAAGUUUUUUUUGUGAAUUUGUCUCUCCCUAAUAAAAAAUUAGCUUGCGAUAAAGCUGCAUGUUCUUCAAAAUUGAUUCACACACAUUUACCUCGUGACUUUGUAUUAUGGAUUGAUCCCUUCUCUGUAUCGUACAGGGUAGGUGACCAUGGAAACAUAAUGACAUUAUAUGAAGAUCGUUCGCGUGGCCGAGUUUCUUUAAAGAUGGAUCCUGGAAACACUGGUAUCAUCAGUCCCUCUCAAUCUCCUCGAUUGCAAUAUUUGCAGCCUACCUCCACUCCCAUUCGCAUUUCUCCUCCCAGUAGUCCUGAAAAUAAGAAACUCGUGAAAUCCCAUAUCCAUCAACCCUCUCCACUUUCAUCCACCGUUACAAAGAAGAAGGAUCCUGAAAACAAUGAUAACCUCGUCAUGGCUAAUUGAAAAAAUCAUUUAAUAAUGCUGUAAAUAGUCUUCCUCCUCUUUUUAUUAUCAUUUCAAAUAAAUUGCACUUACCUUCUCCCUCUCA